CCUGGCUCCUCCCYCUGGCCUCYCCUCAGCGAAUCACGGACCCCGCCRUCGGYACUGCRCCCAAUCAGGAGUACGCCCACUCCAUCCGAUUGGAAGGCGACAUCAUCCUGGGCGGCCUGUUCCCGGUGCACUCCCGGGGGGGCGGCGGCGUGCCCUGCGGGGAACUAAAGAAGGAGAAAGGGAUCCACCGUCUUGAGGCCAUGAUGUUYGCCAUCGACCUGAUCAACAAGGACACGGAGCUGCUCCCCAACAUCACCCUGGGGGCCCGGAUCCUGGACACCUGCUCCAGAGACACAUACGCCCUGGAGCAGUCGCUGACCUUUGUCCAGGCCCUCAUCGAGAAGGACGGCUCGGAUGUACGCUGUGCCAACGGCGACCUGCCCAUCUUCGCCAAGCCUGAUAAGAUCGUGGGGGUGAUCGGGGCGGCGGCCAGCUCCGUGUCCAUCAUGGUUGCCAAUAUACUGAGGCUGUUCAAGAUCCCUCAGAUCAGCUAUGCGUCCACGGCCCCGGAGCUCAGUGACAACACGAGGUAUGACUUCUUCUCCCGCGUCGUCCCGCCGGACUCCUACCAGGCCCAGGCGAUGAUGGACAUCGUCACGGCGAUGGGAUGGAACUACGUGUCCACGCUCGCCUCCGAGGGGAACUACGGCGAGAGCGGUGUCGAGGCCUUCGUGCAGAUCUCCCGGGAAACAGUUAGUAUCAGAACUAAUUACACAGACAGACAGAUCCAGGCAGAGGCUCUGACUAUGGCCCGUCAUGACCGGCCUCAGGCGGGCUGCCAGGGAGCGGAGGGUAUGGACCAUGAGUCACCAUGGCUGAUGAAAGGACACAGUGACAACACAGUCCAGCCACCUUUCUCUCUCAUGGUCAUGAAGAAAGGCUUCAUCUUCUGUCUCCAGACCCCUGGUCCGAUCUGGCAGAGAGAGGCAGCGAUACCAACCCAGCUCAGCACCUGCCACUACGCAGCACCACCUUCUGCCAGCCUGGACAAACCCGCAGAGCUUUGA